CCCCCCGGCGCCCCCCGUGUCCCCCGGGCCAUGUUCCGCCGCCUGCGCCGCCCUCGCCCGGCGCCCGCCGCGGUGUCCCCGGUGACGGAGUCCAUGAAGUCCCUCUACAAAUCGAAGCUUCUCCCGGCCGAGGAGCUGUGCGGGCGCGCCGGGCUGCGCUGGCCGCCGCUGGCCGACGCCGACUUCGAGGCCAAGCCGGCGGUGCUGGUGCUGGGCCAGUGCUCGAGCGGGAAGAGCUCCCUGAUCCGGUACCUGCUGGAGGCGCCGGUGCCGGGCGCGCGCCUGGGCCCCGAGCCCAGCACCGACGGCUUCGUGGCCGUCAUGCACGGCCCGGCGCCGGGGCUGAUCCCGGGCAACGCGCUGGUGGUGGAUCCCAGCAAACCCUUCCGGCAGCUGGAGGCCUUCGGGAACGGCUUCCUCAACCGGUUCGUUUGUGCCACGCUGAACAAUCCGGUGCUGGAGAGCAUCACCCUGAUCGACACCCCCGGGAUCCUGGCGGGGGCCAAGCAGAGGGUCUGCAGGGGCUACGACUUCCCGGCCGUGCUGCGCUGGUUCUUACAAUGA